CAUUGAUUAUCGCCCCUUGGUCUUGUUUAUUUAUUUUCGACCGUCCACAAAAAGCAAGGAUGAUAUAAUUACUGGUACAUCAUGUACAUGUAAUCCAUGACGAGAGUGUAAAAGAUGUUAAAUAAAGAAAACAAAACUGUGAAAUAGCAGACCAUUUGAUGCAGAGACACAUUAAACAUGAGGUAGAACUCACAGAGAAACAUUAAAAAUGAGGUAGAACUCACAGAUAACAUUAAACAUGAGGUAGAACUCACAGAGAAAAAUUAAACACGAGAUAGAACUCACAGAGAAACAUAUGCAUUAAACAUGAGAUAGAACUCAUAGAGAACCAAUAAAUGUGACAAUGUUCGUGACAACGAGGUAGAACUCACAUAGAAACAUUAAACAUGAGUAAGAUGUCCAGAUAAUACACUAUUUAAAAAGUUGUAUGUGUGCAUCAGUUUAUUCAAAGCUUUAUCUCAAAGAAUCAGAGGAGAAAUAAAGGCAACAGAGAAUACAUACCAUUGGCGAUAAACCUGUUAAAUUUAAAGAAUGUGAUAGAAGGUACAGUUCAAGUUGGACUUGAUACACAUACAGAAUCACAGUAGAAAUACAUUUUUAAAGGCAGGAGAGAACAUACCUUUGGCAAUAAACCUGUCAAAGAAUGUCAUAGAAGGUAAAGUUCAAGUUUGGUUUGAUACACAUACAGAAUUAUAGGAGAAACAAAGGCAACGGAGAACACAUACCAUCGGCAAUAAACCUGUCAAACUUAAAGAAUGUGGUAGAAGGUACAGCUGAAGUUGGGCUUUAUACACAUAAUUUAGAAUGGAUACUGAUGAUACCUAUUCCCCAUGUAUGGUAUGUGGUAAAGGUAAAGACUGCAGAUCACUCAACAUACAUACAAGAAUUAAUACUGGCGAGAAACCUUACACAUGUGAUGUAUGCAGUCAAGAGUUUAGUGACCAAAGUAACUACUAUAGACACAUGAGAAUGCAUACAGAUGAUAGACCUUACAAAUGUGAUGUAUGUGGUCAGGGAUACAGUGACGAAAGUCACUACUAUAAACAUAUGACAAUACAUACGGGUGAUAAACUUUACAAAUGUGAUGCAUGUGGUAAAGAGUUUGACAACAACAGUGCUUGUCUUAGACACAUGAGAAUUCAUACGGGUGAAAGACCUUACAAAUGUGAUGUAUGUGGUAAAGGGUUUAUUGCACGCCAGGCUUGUGACAUACACAGAAGAACUCAUACGGGUGAAAGACCUUAUAAAUGUGAUAUUUGUAAAAUAGAGUUCCGUGAUCCAAGCAGCUUUAUUAGACACAUGAGAAUACAUUCUGGUGAUAAACCUUACAAAUGUGAUCUUUGUGGACAAAUGUUUCGCCAUAACAGUUCUUGUGUUAGGCACAUGAGAACUCAUACUGGCGAGAAACCUUACACAUGUGAUGUAUGUGGCACAGGGUUUCGUGACAACAGUUCCUACGUUAGACACAAGAGAAUUCAUACAGGUGAGAAACCUUACAUAUGUCAUGUAUGUAGUAAAGGCUUUAAAAACAGCAGUCAUUAUAAUACACACAUGAGAAUUCAUACCGGUGAAAGACCUUAUACAUGUGAUGUAUGUGGUAAAGGGUUUAAGGACCACAGUUCUUUUAAUAGACACAAGAGAACUCACACUGGAGAAAAGCCUUACACAUGUGAUGUAUGUGGGAAAGGGUUUAGUGAAAACAGACAUUAUCAUAGACACAUGCGAAUUCAUAAUGCUAUAAAACCCUACACAUGUGAUGUCUGUGGUAAAGGAUUUAGUGAAAACAGUCAUUAUCAAAGACAUAUGGGAAUUCAUGCUAUAAAACCCUACACAUGUGAUCUAUGUGGUAAAGGGUUUAAUAACACUAGUAAGUAUGAACGACACAUGAGAACACAUACUGGCGAAAAGCCUCACACAUGCUCUGUCUGUGGUAAAGGGUUUGAUUACACUAGUGGCUACAAUAGACACAUGAGAACACAUACUGGUGAGAAGCCUUACACAUGUGAUGUGUGUAGUAAACAGUUUGGUGACUAUAGUCAAUAUCUAAGACACAGGAGAACACAUAAUCUUGAUAAUGGUGAAAAACUUGAACAUGUUGAAGCUUACAAAAGUGAAGAAGCAGUAGUAUGUGAUAAAGGGAAAGAAAUUUUAUUCGUUUAAAAAAGGGAGGGUGGUGAAAACAAAUGGCGUUGACAAAUGUUAUUCUUUAAGAUUUCAGAUAAGAAUUUCAACAUACUUGCCCCAACUGUUCAGGGUUUGACCUCUGCAGUAGUAUAAAGCUGCACCCUGCAGAGCACCUUGUUAUAUUAAUUUAUUGUCUUUAUUUUUCUAAUUUAAAUUAUUAAUGUUUAGAGUGACUUGUAGAUUAGUGUAUUUUCAUUUUUGUUAAUAUUUACAUUGUAUUGUAGAGUAUUUGUCAAAACACAUG